UGGAUUUGAAUGGACGUUGGGAAUUUGGCGCGAUAUUCGGGACGAGAGGAGUUUUAUUUUUAAUUUAACGCGGAUAAAUAGCUGGAACGCGAAUAAAGUGAUAACAUCUGAGGGAAAAGAUGGCAAACGAAGUGGAGCCGAGUGGAAGGCGACCGUGUGGAUAUGGUCUGGGCAGCGAACGCCUCACCGCGGAAGAAAUGGACGAACGCAGGCGGCAAAACAUCGCCUACGAAUACCUCUGUCACUUGGAGGAGGCCAAACGGUGGAUGGAGGUGUGCUUGGAUGAGGAGCUCCCACCCACCACUGACCUGGAGGAGAGCUUGAGGAACGGUGUCUUCUUGGCCAAGCUGGGCCACCGAUUUGCGCCCACUGUCGUCCCUCAGCGGAAGAUCUAUGACCAAGAGCAGCUGCGGUACAAGGCAACUGGGCUUCACUUCAGACACACGGACAAUAUCAACCACUGGCUGAACGCGAUGGCCAAGAUUUCCCUCCCAUCGAUCUUUUAUCCGGAAACCACGGACAUCUACGACAAGAAGAACAUUCCCCGCGUUGUUUAUUGCAUUCACGCCUUCAGCCUUUACUUAUUCAAGCUGGGCCUGGCUCCACAGAUACAGGACCUCUAUGGAAAAGUGAAUUUCACAGAGGAGGAGAUCAACAACAUGAAAACUGAGUUGGACAAAUAUGGAAUCCAGAUGCCCUCCUUUAGUAAGAUCGGUGGGAUCUUGGCCAAUGAACUUUCAGUCGAUGAAGCAGCAGUGCAUGCGGCUGUGAUCGCCAUUAACGAGGCCAUCGACCGAGGGCUUGUGGAGCAAACGCUGGUGGCUCUGCGUAACCCCAGUGCCAUGCUGGUGAACCUUGCCGACAGUCUUGCCCCGGUGUAUCAGGAGAUUCUGUGCCAGGCGAAGAGUGAGAAGUCGGCCAACGCCAGGAAACGGUUUGACACGUAUAAAGCGGAGCUGACCGAGGGGAAGGACAUGUACGAGGAGCUCUUGACUCACGCUGAAAUUCAAGGCAAUAUUAACAAAGUCAAUGUGCAAGCGGCUUUGGAGUAUGUGGACGAGGCGCUGGAGAAGAGCGAUGUGCAGGCACUCUACUCGGCUCUGCAGAGUCCAGCGCUGAACCUACACCAGGUGAACCGGGAGAACACGGAAUGGUACAUGGACCAGCUCCUCAUCGACCGCGAGCAGAAAGCACUGGAGCUGGGGAUGGUGGACCCGCUGGAGAAGGAAGAGCUCCAGGCCGCUGUUCAUGCAGCCAAUGAAAACGCCAGCGUGCAUCUGAGCAUGAUGCAGUCCGUGGCCAGGAUCAACGCAGCCGUACGCAAGGGGAUCCCCGCUGGGACGACGAAGGAACUGAUGGACCCCAGUGCCAAACUGCCCGAGGUCUACCCAUUCGCAGGGGCGUUGUACCAGAGGGAGCUUGCUGCUCUCCAGCGGCAGAAACCACAGGGUGAGCUGACUCAGGAGGAGCUGUACGUCGCUGUGGAGAUGCUCUCGGCAGUGGCACUGAUAAAUCGAGCCCUGGAGGCCGGGGACGUCGGGGCGUUUUGGAGCAGCCUGUUCAGCCCGGCGACGGGCCUGACCGACGUCAAGGACGAGAGUGUGCAGCGGUACUUCGAUGCACUGAGGGGAUUGAAGCAGCAGAGCGGCAGGAACGGGGAGACCAUGCUGUCCUGGAACAGUCUGCAGCUGUGCGUGCGUGACGUCAACUCUGCCAUGCAAGAGGAACACCAGCAAAUCGCCGCCAUUGUUUUGAUAAACGAAGCGCUGGACGGCGGAGAUCCCGAGCGGACCAUCGCCGCUCUCCUCAUGCCUUCCGCCGGGCUGGCUGCCCUGGACUUCCCCGCGGCCCUCCGUUACCAUCACGUGCUUGCCGCAGCCAAGCGCCACAAGGCAAAGGUCACGAGGGACCAAGCAGCCAUGCUCUGGCUGGAGGAGAUUCAGGAGGGGAUUCACAAGACCAAUCAAGACAGUCAGAUGGCGAGAAAAAUGUCGCUCGGGGUGGCUGCCAUUAACCAGGCGAUCAAGGAGGCGAAGGUAUCUCAAACGCUGCGUGUCCUGCGCUCGCCAGAGCUUGCGCUGUGCGGCGUGGUUUUGGACUGCGCCCGUGCGUACCAGACCGAGUUGGCCGUGUUGGUGCGGGUCAAAGUGGACAUGGGUGACAACCGCAGUCCUUGGGUGAAGCACGUGCUGAAGGAUGGGUCCACGUACUACUUCAACCUGCAGAGACUGGAGGGAAGCUGGGAGCGCCCCCAGGGAUUUGUACAGAGCUCCACACAGCUCAACAGGGCUGAGAUUCAGUCCACUGUUGCUGCCGUGACAGCCGUUUACAAUCGGGAGCGACUCUGGCAGGCUAACGAAGGCAUGAUCGUCGGGCUUCAAGCCCACAUGAAGGGUUACCUCGUGCGGAACGAUCUGUCUGAUCGCAAACACUUCAUCCGGAGACAACUACCAGCCAUCGUCAAGAUCCAGUCACACUGGAGAGGUUGCAGACAAAGGAGGGAUUACCAGACUAGACUCCACCACCUUCACGCCAACACGGCAUACGUAAUUAAGAUCCAGUCGUGGGUGAGAAUGUGGCAGGCACGGAGGAGGUACAAGGCAAGGCUUCAGUACUUCAAGAGGAACAUUGCUUCAGUGGUUAAGAUCCAGGCAUUCGUCAGAGCAAAUAAGGCCAGGGGAGAUUACAAGAUGCUGGUCCAUGCCCAAAACCCUCCUCUGAAUGUGGUGCGGAAGUUUGCCCACCUCCUGGACCAGAGCGACUACGACUUCCGCGAAGAGUGGGAGUUGAUGCAACUGCGCGAGGAGGUGGUUCAGCGUAUCCGUUCCAGCCGCCAACUGGAGCAAGACCUCAACGUCAUGGACAUCAAGAUCGGGCUGCUGGUGAAGAACAGGAUCACCCUGCAGGAGGUGGUUUCCCACUGCAAGAAACUGACCAGGAAGAACAAGGAACAGUUGUCGGACCUGAUGGUGAUCGACAAGCAGAAAGGGUUAAAGGGCCUGAGCAAAGAGAAGCGGGAGAAGCUGGAGGCUUAUCAGCAUCUCUUCUACCUCCUGCAGACCAAGCCCGUCUACCUGGCCAAGCUGAUCUUCCAGAUGCCUCAGAACCGGUCGACCAAGUUUAUGGAGUCUGUCAUCUUCUCGCUGUACAACUAUGCAUCCAACGAGAGAGAGGGCUACCUGCUCCUGGGCCUGUUCACCACCGCACUCCGGGAGGAGAUUAGGUCGAAGGUUGACCGAGUCCGUGAGAUUGUGACUGGAAACCCCAUGGUGACCAGGCUGGUGGUGAGCUUUUACCGGAACAUCCGCGGGCAGAACGCCCUGCGGGACAUCCUGGGGCCGGUGGUCAAGGAGGUUCUGCAGGAUAAAACCCUCAGCAUCAAAACCGACCCUGUCGACAUCUACAAGUGUUGGGUGAACCAGAUGGAGAGUCAGAGUGGACAGAGAAGCCAAUUGCCGUACGAGGUGACGAUGGACCAGGCCCUGACCCACCCGGAGGUCGAGAGGAGACUCGACAUAUCCAUCCGCAACCUGAGAGCUGCCACCGACAAAUUCCUCAACGCCAUCAUUUCCUCCGUGGACAAGAUACCGUACGGAAUGAGGUACACGGCAAAAGUGCUGAAGAGUUCACUGCGGGAGAGGUUCCCAGGCGCCACUGAAGAGGAGUUGCUGAAGGUGGUGGGGAACCUGCUGUACUAUCGUUACAUGAACCCUGCCGUGGUGGCCCCGGACGGCUUCGACAUCAUCGACGUGACGGUGGGGGGUGGUCUCCACGCGGACCACCGCCGCAACCUGGGCUCCAUCGCCAAGCUACUCCAGCUCGCCGCCUCCGGUAAAACCCUGGAGGGAGAGAACGCUCAACUCCGCACCAUGGCCGACUACUUGCUCCAGUCCCAGCAAAGAUUCAGGGCAUUUUUCCGUGCAGCCUGCAACGUUCCCGAACCGGAGGAGAGGUUUAACGUGGAUGAAUAUUCCGAAAUGGUCAGCCUGAACAAGCCGGUCAUCUACAUAACCGCUGGGGAACUGAUUAACACUCACAAGCUCCUGCUCCAACACCAAGACUCCCUCUCGGUGGAACACAGUGACCCACUCCACCAACUGCUGGAGGACCUCGGAGAUGUACCCACCGUCGAGUCACUCCUGGGUGAAGGUUCUGUGACUAUAAACGAUGCCCAGGAAGACCAUUUGGCCCAACUCUACAAGAUGGAGGUCUCACUGACCCUCAGCAAUAAAUUUGAUCUCUGUAAAAGCGGCAAUGCAACGAGUGAUACCAGAGGUUUGUUGCUCAGCACAAAGCAACUGAUUGUGGAUGUGAUCCGAUCCCAAGCUGGAGACUCGCUGACAGAGAUACUGCAAACAUCGGCCUCAACAGACCAGGUGAUAGACCAUCAGCGCAUGGUCCACAAGCGAGCGAUACGAGACGCGCGCACCCCGGAGAAGAUGAAGAUGAAGAGGAACCGGUCCUUGCUCCUCGACAACAAGCUUCCUAUCGAUGAGAAGAAGAGAAGAAUCGUCCGGAGCCUGCGGAAGCUGGAGGCUGCGGGGGUCGUGUCCACCGCCAAUGACCACCAGGAGCUGAUCAAUGAGAUCGCCAGGGACAUCCAGAACCACCGGCGCUACCGGCAGCAGCGUAAGACGGAGCUGAGCAAGCUGAAGCAGACGCUGCGUGGGAUCAGCUCCAAGACCGACUUCUUCGAGGAGCAGAUCGAUUACUACAACCAGUACAUCAAGACCUGCCUGGACAACCUGACAGCCAAGGCAAUGGGCCCCGGGAAGAAGCCCGCUGAGGCCAAGGGGAGAAAGAGCAAAGCCCUGAGUCUCAACUACACAGCGGCCCGGCUGCAAGAGAAGGGGGUGCUGCUGGCCAUCGAGGAUCUGCCCACCAGCCAGUUCAGGAACGUGAUCUUUGACAUCGUGCAGAGCGAGCAGGUGGGGACGUUUGAGGUGCGGGCUCGCUUCAUGGGCGUGGACAUGGAGAAGUUUCAGCUGAAGUAUCAGGACCUCCUCCAGCUUCAGUACGAGGGAGUUGCCGUGAUGAAGAUGUUCGACAAGGCCAAGGUCAACGUCAACCUUCUGAUCUUCCUGCUCAACAAGAAGUUCUUCAAGAAAUGAGGACCCCGCAUCUGCCGGCCAACAUGUAACCAGAACACGUGCUUCUGCUGUGCAGACACAACUUGCACUAGGAUCCUAGCAUGGUAGAUUAGCCUACAAGUCAGCCCUUGCCCACUUAUAUAUUUAAUAUAUUAUAUGCUUCGGAUCUACUUUGGACUCCUUUAGCCAGGAGUAAGGAAUCCAGAAUCAUGUCCUUGUUCAAAUUUCACGCAAUCAAGCUCUUUACCAAAGCUGGACCUUGAGUCUCAGAAUCCUCCUUCACGCAGAGAGUGAGAAUGCUUCUCCUUCUCGAUGGGCCGAAUGUCACCUGUGGUCCUCAUGGUGACCGGUCCACCCCCCCCCCCCCCCAUCUCUGGCUUCAACAAUCUCCUCCAAGCUCCCCCUGGUUCACACCGAAGUUAUACACUAAAUGCUGGCGUAACUC